AUGGUGGCACGGUUAGUCAAAGCACUCAAGGCAGUGACCCCCACGCUGGACCCCACACUGGACCCCACACCAGGUCCCUGCAACAAAGGGAAAAGAGAAAUUUACAAUGACGAGGAAGACAGAAUCUUCCCUUCGGACCUACUGUACCUCCAUGCUGGGGACCUACCUCCAUGCUGGGGACCUACCCCCAUGCUGGGGUCCUACCUCCAUGCCGGGGUCCUACCUCCAUGCUGGGGUCCUACCUCCAUGCCGGGGUCCUACCUCCAUGCUGGGGUUGCUGGGGUCCUACCUCCAUGCUGGGGACCUACCUCCAUGCUGGGGACCUACCUCCAUGCUGGGGACCUACCUCCAUGCUGGGGACCUACCCCCAUGCUGGGGUCCUACCUCCAUGCCGGGGUCCUACCUCCAUGCUGGGGUCCUACCUCCAUGCUGGGGUCCUACCUCCAUGCUGGGGACCGUACGUCCAUGCUGGGGUCCUACCUCCAUGCUGGGGACCUACCUCCAUGCUGGGGACCUACCUCCAUGCUGGGGUCCUACCUCCAUGCUGGGGGACCUACCCCCAUGCUGGGGUCUACCUCCAUGCUGGGGUCCUACCUCCAUGCUGGGGACCUACCUCCAUGCUGGGGACCUACCUCCACCUACCUCCAUGCUGGGGACCUACCUCCAUGCUGGGGACCUACCUCCAUGCUGGGGUCCUACCUCCAUGCUGGGGACCUACCUCCACCUACCUCCAUGCUGGGGUCCUACCUCCAUGCUGGGGACCUACCUCCAUGCUGGGGUCCUACCUCCAUGCUGGGGACCUACCUCCAUGCUGGGGACCUACCUCCAUGCUGGGGACCUACCUCCAUGCUGGGGACCUACCCCCAUGCUGGGGACCUACCUCCAUGCUGGGGACCUACCCCCAUGCUGGGGACCUACCUCCAUGCUGGGGACCUACCUCCAUGCUGGGGACCUACCUCCAUGCUGGGGUCCUACCUCCAUGCUGGGGUCCUACCUCCAUGCUGGGGACCGUACGUCCAUGCUGGGGUCCUACCUCCAUGCUGGGGUCCUACCUCCAUGCUGGGGACCUACCUCCACCUACCUCCAUGCUGGGGGACCUACCCCCAUGCUGGGGUCUACCUCCAUGCUGGGGUCCUACCUCCAUGCUGGGGUCCUACCUCCAUGCUGGGGACCUACCUCCAUGCUGGGGUCCUACCUCCAUGCUGGGGACCUACCUCCACCUACCUCCAUGCUGGGGUCCUACCUCCAUGCUGGGGUCCUACCUCCAUGCUGGGGUUGCUGGGGUCCUACCUCCACCUACCUCCAUGCUGGAGACCUACCUCCAUGCUGGGGUCCUACCUCCAUGCUGGGGACCUACCUCCAUGCUGGGGUCCUACCUCCAUGCUGGGGACCUACCUCCAUGCUGGGGUCCUACCUCCAUGCUGGGGACCUACCUCCACCUACCUCCAUGUUGGGGUCCUACCUCCAUGCUGGGGUUGCUGGGGUCCUACCUCCAUGCUGGGGUCCUACCUCCAUGCUGGGGUCCUACCUCCAUGCUGGGGUCCUACCUCCAUGCUGGGGUCCUACCCCCAUGCUGGGGACCUACCUCCAUGCUGGGGACCUACCUCCAUGCUGGGGUCCUACCUCCAUGCUGGCGACUGGCUUAAAGAAGGAGAUAGGAUCAAGGCGCAGAGUAAGGAGCGAAGGCGCGGACCACAGACUGUAGCGGACACGGACCUUCUUCACUGCGUUUGGCACAAGCGCCUGAAAGACGCCGUCACCGACAUCUCGUUGGCGUUUGGCACCGGGGAUUACCAGGCCGGUUAUAGCACCGCAGGAGACGGGCACCGGAGGAGAGACGCUGAACACCGCGGACCCCACCCGCUCCUCGUGAUUUUUGACGCGCCAUUUUCAGAGAAAGCUCAGAAAAGACUGAAAAGCUUUUCUCUGAGAAGGCUUCAGCGGGACUCGUGA